GGGUAUGUGCGACUACACCCAGGACCAAGGAGAUGACUUCGAUUGGACCAGGUUCCAGGGUCGUACCGAGACCCGCGAGACUGGUCCUGAUGUGGACCAUACCCAUGGAACGCGCCUUGGAUACUACUUGUAUGCCGAAGCUUCUGGUAGGUCAGAAGGCAACAGAGCUCGCUUGACAAGCUUAUCAGAGGAGGUUAUUAAGCCGCAAUGUAUCCAUUUCUUUUACUCAAUGUAUGGUGACACAACAGGAUCACUCAGAGUCUACGUCAAAGAUAUCACUUCCUCGAGUUUGGGUGAUCCAGUGUGGUCUCUCUCAGACAAUCGCGGAGGCGGCUGGUAUAGAGGACUGGCGAGUGUUCAAAAUAGCACCAAUAGAAUUCAGCUAGUCUUCGAAGCAGAAAUAGGAAAUGGAGAGUAUUCCGACAUUGCAAUUGAUGAUGUCGAAGUAAAGGAAGGACUCUGUCCACUUGAUUUCCUGAACUGCACUUUCGAGGAAGAAGUUGGCAUGUGUGGAUUCGUUCAUGAUGAAACAGCAGAUUUCGACUUCAUCCACUGGAACGGAAAAACUUACUCCUCUGACCCAGGACCUGCCAUCGACCACACAACGGGAACAGAAGAAGCAUUGUAG